CACUUGCAAUGAGCCCGCGAUGGCUACGUGGAAAGUCCAAGAUGGCGGAUUACGAGUUCGCGAUGACAUAAAAAUGAAGCAACGAUUUUACGAAUACUUCCCCUAGGAUUGACCUUUAAACAUCAUGGAGGCUUCUGAGCCUGUGUUUCUGUACGAUGAAGCAGUGUUUGCCAAAACGCCAAAGAACAAGAAGGAGAUCUUCAUUUACGAAUGGCUGCGAAAUUUAGAAAUCAAUCUGACAACUGCGACGCGGCCACAAGUGAAGGCUUGCCAAAAGAAGCUAACAGAACAGCUGAGCAAGCAGCUAGACGAGAGCCUUGGCCCACCCACCAGGGAGCUUCUUGCUAGAUGCUUUGCGGCAAUGUACAGUAUCGGGGACACAUUUGCAGUAUUUGAGACCGUUAACAAGUGCAGUGAUGUAAUAAAAAUGAAGGAUGAAUCGCAAGGGUAUUUGCCAUUAAAACUUGCUGCUGUUUCUUGUAUUGGGGCUGUAUUUGAAAAGCUUGGAAGAAUGGCUGGCGGAUCUAGCCAGGACAUGGUUCAGACUUUAAUUAAGGCCAUGAAGAAUGCAGAGUCUCAAGGGAGAUGCGAAAUCAUGCUGUGUCUUCAACGGAUCAUGGAUGGUGUGGGACAGAUGGGUGCCUCCAUCCAUAAAGAUGUAUAUAAAGCAGUCCGUAAUGCCAUGGUGGAUAGGGCUAUGCCUGUCCGCUGUGCUGCCGCAAAGUGUGCCCUUGGUCUUAUCAAGCAUGCAUCAUUCCUGUACAUGAGUGAGUUAGAGUCCAUGACGUCCAGCUGCUUCAAGGCGCUGGAAGGCUCAAAUUAUGACGUCAGGAUCUCCAUAUCACAACUACUAGGUGCCUUAAUGGCAGCUACUCAGCAGCCACAGCAACAGGGCGUUGGCAAGAACCGAAAACCUGCAAGCCUGGAAGAGGUCAUGGGUUUCAUGUCGGGUGGAUUUCUGCGUGGGGGAAUUGGAUUUCUUAAAGGCAGUGGAGGCGAGUUACUGAAGACAACUGCAGCACGAGAAGUUAGAGUUGGUGUUACUCAGAGUUAUGUCAUAUUCUUUAACGAGAUGGGGGGUACCUGGGUUCGAAAGAACAUUGUCCUGAUCCUGACACAUGUCUUGGAACUACUCUCAAGCCCUAAGGCCACCAACACCCAUGUCGAAGCAGUCUACUCGAGGCGCUGUGUCUCCUUCAUCCUCCGAGCUGUCUUAGGAAGACUCCUUGAUGACACAGCUCAGAUUGAAGCAGCCAAGCAAAUCUGCAGUCUUCUCACCAAGAAUAUGAACAUUGUAAAUAGCAUCAUCAAUAGUUAUACCGAUGGCAAUGUACCAAGCAGUAGCAGUACUAGUGUGCAAGGCAUGGAGGAUGUUAUUAGCACCCAACAUGUCUUGAUAUGUGCAUUACAAGAGCUUGGAUGCUUGAUACAGGGCUUGAGUACGUCAGCAUUGCCUCUAGUCACCGAGAGUAUCCUAGAUCAUGUGUUGUCGGUGUUGUUGCAUCCUGCGCCGGCAGCUCAGUUGGCUGCAGCUUGGUGUUUGAGGUGCGUCACUGUCGCUGUCCCCUCCCAGCUGACAGCCAUGGUGGAUAGAUGUGUGGAUCGCAUUAAUGCCCUGAAGGCAUCAGGCGAGGCCGUAGGGGGUUAUGCCCAUUCCCUGGCUGCUCUGAUUGGCGGCGUGCAUGAGUGUCCACUGGGUAUCCCCCAUGCUAAAGGAAGGCUUGUUUUCUCUGUGGUGGAGGAACUUCUGAAAACCGCAACACAUAACAACAAGAUGGCACUGCACAAAGCCAAGGCAGGAUGGGUACUGUUGGGAGCAUUGAUGACCCUUGGGCCUUCUGUUGUAAAGCAGCAUUUGCCACGUAUUCUCUCUCUGUGGGCAAGUGCUUUUCCAGCUAGCAACAAAGAGUUUGAGCAAGAGAAGACAAGAGGGGAUGCUUUCACCUGGCAUGUGACAUUAGAGAACCGGGCAGGAGCUCUCUGCUCAAUGUCAAGCUUCCUGCAGCACUGCCCUAGCAUGGUAACACCUGAUCUGGUCAGAAAGCUGCUGGUUCCACUUGAGGCCUGUCUGGCCAUGAUGACCAGUCUUUCACAGAUUAUCAAGCAGCAUGGUAACCACCUCAAGGCCAGUGUAGCGAUGCUCAGACUACGGAUGAGCUCAACAUUUGCCCUGCUUCCUCCAAAGAGCUAUGAAAGUAGCUUCCACAGCCUUCUACGAGAGCUUGUAGCAGAGUUCACGCUAGCAGAAAAUCCCUCUCUCACCACCACCUCUCUUUUGAGGACUGUGUGCCAUAAGGAUGACACCAUCUUACUGGGGUCUUGGCUGCAGGAGACCGAUCACAAGUCCGUGGAGGAGCAACUUCAGCCGAAUAGCGCCUCUGGGUCUGGCGCGCUAGAGCAUGACCCCUGUUGUGUAUAUGAGCGCUGCCCUCAAGGUGAAGACGCCCCUGGCCCAUUACCUCUGGGUGUGGCUGUUAUCGACUCCUCCAUCCGCCUGUUUGGCUUUGUGUUCCCAACUGUAGCGCACAAGCACCGCAGUCAACUCCUCGCACACUUCAUCGAGUGCAUCAAACAGGCCAAGGCCAACAGGCAGCAAGCUAUCCAGACCAACAUACUGACGGCAUUCCUGUGUGCUCUCAAGUGUCUAGCAGAAGCUAAGGUCGGACUUGGUGGAGAUGAUGUCCGCACCACAGCCACCAGUCUCGUCAUGGCCGCCGUAACCAACACCGAUCCCAUCGUGCGCUGCGCCGCUGGUGAAGCCUUGGGGCGGAUUGCGCAAGUCGUAGGUAACCCAGCCUUCACCACCAGCAUAGCUCAGAAGAUCUUCGACCAGCUCAAGUCAUCACGUGAUGCGCUAUCCCGCACAGGCUACUCAGUGGCGUUGGGUUGCCUGCAUCGUUAUGUUGGCGGAAUGGGGUCUGGUCACCACCUCAACACUAGCGUCAGCAUUCUCCUUGCUCUGUCCCAGGACAGCUCGUCUACAAUAGUUCAGGUGUGGGCGCUCCACGCCUUAGCGCUGAUCGCUGAUUGUGGUGGUCCCAUGUUCCGUGGCUACGUAGAGCCAACCUUGGAGCAAGUUGUUGAUCUUGUCAUGGUGGCUCCCCCUGCCAUGACAGAGGUGCAUCAGUGUUUGGGGAAGGCUCUCGCUGCCCUGAUUACCUCCAUCGGCCCUGAGCUACAAGACACUUCCGAGAAGAUCAGUGAUCUGCGGUUAUCCUGCGUAGUAGCAUGCGCAGUGAUGCAGAACCACCAGGACUCGCUCGUCCAGGCAGAAGCCAUCAAUUGUCUUCAGCAGCUGCACGUGUUCGCCCCGAGUCACGUGAACCUCGCGACCGUGGUACGGCGGCUAUGUCUAAACCUCUCCAGCCCGCAUCUCCUGCUCCGCAGGGCGUCUGUUGGCUGCUUGAGGCAGCUGUCCCAGCGAGAGGCCAAGGAUGUGUGCGAGCAUGCCAUGGCGGCCGGCGAGGAGGGGAGUAAUCAGAUGUCUAGUUAUGGAGUCACUAUCGGCGACAAGGGGCUGGAAGGGGCUCUGUUCACUCUAUUGGAUAACGAGACAGACGUUCGCAUGCGCUCUGAUAUCCAGUACACGCUGACCAGUAUGCUGCAGACGCUAGCCCCGACUAACCUGACACACUGGCUCGGCUUGUGCCGUGAUGUGCUCGCGGCUGCUAAAGGCAGCAAAGCAAAGGCGCCAGAUGCGCAGGGGGCACCCGCCGAUAAAGGCCAGGAUGACGAAGAAGGCAAAGACGAAGAUGACGAGGAGGGAGGCAUGACGGUACAAGAGGCCCCCGAGGAGACCCACCCCAAGGUCAGCCCACGCUGGCCCACACGCAUCUUCGCCACCGAGAGCAUCCGCAAAAUCAUCGCCGUGUGCGUGUCCGAGAGGGCGCACUUCGACUUGUCUCUGGCACGGGAACUCCGACACGAGACGGGCGAAGAUUUUCUGGUGAUGCAUCUUCAAGAGCUAGUGCGCAUGGCAUUCAUUGCCGCGACCGCACAGAGCGACAAGCUAAAGCUAGAGGGACUGCAGACGCUACAGGAUAUCGUCCACAUGUUUGCAGCCGUGCCAGACCCCGACUAUCCUGGUCACGUGAUCCUCGAGCAGUUCCAGGCACAGGUCGGUGCGGCGUUGCGGCCGGCAUUCGCUCCCGAUGUCCCUUCAGACGUGACGGCAAUGGCAUGUGAGGUGUGCAGCGCGUGGAUCGCGAGUGGCAUUGCACGUGACCUGAAUGACGUCAGACGCAUCCAGCAGCUCCUCGUCACCAAGCUCUCCAAGUUCAGCACGAGCAAAGAGGCCGCCCUUCAGCUGUACAAUGAGGCAGCCACCACCAUGGAGAAGCUAGCGGUACUCAAGGCGUGGGCUGAGGUGUACAUAGUAGCCAUGAAGCAAAAGGACGCCCCACCCGACCCCUCCCCGGAGGAUGAUGACCAGGCCGAGCCCCCUGGGUGCCUCCUUCAGCUGGUGGAGCCUGAGCUCAAGUCCCUCAGCCGUUACUGGCUUGGAGCAUUGAAGGACCACGCCCUUCUCACCCUCCCUCCUGAGUACGGGCCCCAGCUUCCCCCUCAAGGCGGCUUGUUCUACAGUCCCGACGCCAUGGACCAUGCCAAGCCCCACUACCGUAACUGCUGGCCAUCCCUUGUACACGCGACGGCACUGUGGCUCAACGCGUGUGGCUUCGCUAUGACCCUACAUGACCCCCCACAGGACACGUCCGAUCUCUCAUUGGGUGGUGCCAUGGUUACCACGGCGAAGACGGCGUCCGAGAUCAACGCAGACCACCUUCACCUCCUGAUAGGCAUCUGUAUGGAAUCCCUGUGCUCGCCGCGCGCGGCCCAGUCCAACUCGACCGUGUCUUCGUGUCUACACGCUUUCUACAGUCUUCUGGACGCCCCACAACAACGCGGGCUCAUCGCCAAUGAACCGAUGCUGUCGGUGGAAAUGCUAAACGUGCUUCAUAGGCUGAUCCUGACACGUGACUCCCACGAGAUCCAGCAAUGCAUCAUGGAUGUCGUGCGACAGAUCGUCAAGGCAACCCACGACGCACAACUCACCCAACGAGAAGCAAAUAGUGGUUCAGGAGAGAGGACGAUUGUCGGCGAGUCUGAUCUUAGCCCUGGCAAGUCCGUGGUGUAUGGAGUCAUGGAGAUCUGCAUGUGCGUACUCAACAGGCUUCUACCCUGUGUGGUUCCUCCCUCGCCAUCCGCCAAGCAACACUCAACAAACGUAGUCUUCGCAGGACUCAAAGGACUCUCGGAAAGCAGCGCCAAGCUCGCGGCCACGACAGUCUCAGUACUAGCCUCAUGCCCAGACCUCUGCUCGGCGGAGUCAUCCGUGACUGCUCUGCCCACCGUGCUUUACCUGAUAACGAGCGUCCUGCGAGAGGUGUCCCUCACAAGCGGGCCUGGGGCGAGCAUCACUGCGCCUGCAUCACUGCAAGCGUUAAAGCUGCUGGCCCGCUCACCGUAUACCGCGGACUCACAUUGCGCGAAGCAGUGGAUUGAGCUUCUGCAAAGCGCACUCGCGACCAUCCUAGACGCGGCCCGCGCAGACGAGGUUGAUAACGCAGAGGAGGAUAACACAGACAGGCCCGUUAUGGAUGACUCCGUGGUGAUGUUAGCACUAGCCGUGUUCAUCCUGUCCGCACCUAGGGAUGUCGUACUCGCAGGGGACCUGGAGCAGAAAUCCGUCAAUGUGUUCACUCGCUGCAUUAAGUCUACUCAGCCACAGUUGCAGUUAAAAGCACUUCAGACCACCUCGUCCAUAUUCCAGUGUACAGACCGGGGCAUGGCCGUGCCGUUUAUUCGGAGUAUAGCCCCUCACGUUAUCAUGUUGCUGAAUAACGCAUGCUUCAGCAAACCGACCAAUGAGCAUCAACUUGCGGUGUGUGUGGAAGCCAUUAAAGUGGUCGAGACACUGGUUCAAUUAACGCAAGAUAAUUUACGUGUUCAUCUACUGGGCGUUCUCAUACCGAUCCUGAUCUCCCUCCUCGCAAGCGGUCCACCCCCCAGCAAGCACGCUAAGACCCUCCAUGACCACGCCCUUCAGCGGCUCAUGAAGAUCGGACCACAGUACCCUCAUCCCUUCAAGGCCAUCAUGACCUCGGCGCCGGAACUCAAACAACAGCUUGAGGCAGCAAUCCGCGCGUCCCAGGCAUCAAGUAAAGCCAAAGCGCCCUCCACACAACCUAAGGCGGCUCCCGCGGCACCCUCUAUCAAGCUAAGAAUGGACUUCAGUAACUAUAAAUAGAUAAGAGAAGGCUACGCGCCAAACCGCCUAUAAAAGCUGACAGAUUUACUGGAAACUGUCCUACAAACUGUUCUACCAUUUAACCUUCAACUUGGGGAUGAUAUUUCAGUUAUUCAAGAGUAUGGACACACCUUGAUUGAUUAUAAAGAUCAGAUGUAAUUUGGAAUGUAUAACGUUUCACUAUUAAGCCUGCCGACCCCCCCCCCCCCCCCUUAACUGCCAUGCAGGUGAUAUAGAAUAUAUAAAAUACAACUAAUAAAUACUGGCUAGUUUCGGGGGCGUUAUUGUAUAUAUGUCAUAUAUGUAAUAGAAUGAUUGACGUUUUACGCAUUAACACCAGAAAAAAUUAAACAAUCAUUUCUCUUUGUCAUUUAUGAGAACGUUCAGCUCGAGAUUUCACCAAAUUUUAAGAACAUGCCGAGGCUCAGAUUGCAGAACAUUUUUUGUGUUGCGUUCUAAAAUGCAUUAUCAAAUUUUGCUCAUAGUAACAACCAUAUUUUUGCUAUUGAUCAUUAGUGUAAUUCUCUUCCUAAUAAUCCAUUCUUAAUCUUAUAUACACAGUAAUAAUUGAAUCACUUUCUGUUGUACAAAUAGUAAUAAAGCUUAAAUUACAUAUGUAAGAAAAGCUCCAUAAAACCAGACAUCUAUUUCCACCGGA